AUGUCUGUGGCGAAGUCUUCGCUACGACUACCACUUGAACUGAAUGUUUUGUUGAGCGACACAAUCACCUCAUCCCUGUCCGUAGCGCACGGAAGCGUCGGCCGGAAAGACGCGUAUUUAAGGACAGCUAUGAGUCCAAAACCGGCCGGAGAUUUGACAGCGCGAAGUGUUGCCACAGAAUUACACGACUCUUUGCCUAACUGUAUGACUGAAGCGCUUCCAGAAGUUGCCUGUUAUCAGCGAUUGAGUGACUCUCCAGAAGACGACGAGAAGUUUAUUUAGGUUGUCGUCGACGAUAACCGCAACCACUCUCUUGUCAUGUAUUUCUUAAUCACAAACUUUUCUCACAUGAAAGUUAUGCCGAUUCCUGUGCUCUGAGGCGACUAUCAUUUCUCUGUAAUAAUCAUAAAAAUUUAAAAUAAUAAUAAUAUUUUUCUGGACAACAUUGUUUCAGUGUAUAUAUAUAAUGUAUUUUGACUGAAAAGUGCC